AAAGAUUACCCGAAAUGCAAUAGCACUCGGAAAAUACCAGGCGGGGAAUAAGAAAACCCAUGCGGGAAGUGACCCUGCGAUAUUUGAUAGUGUUGAAAAGCUAAGAAAAGAUUAAUAGAUUGGGAAACGGCGAAAGGCUGUAGUGGAAACGGUCCUUAUUUAUUUAGAAGACCGUAGACUUCUGUACAAGCAUGGUUUGAACAAAGAUACGUAAGCGGCUUUGGCCCUCACGCGGGCAGGAAGGCUAACUGGCAUUUGACGCCGUGUUGCGUUAACUAACUCCAUAUAGCUUAUACAUACUAAAUGCGUGCCUAUUAGGAAAAAAAUGUCGGGCUUUAACUUUGGAUCGGGGACCCUUGGCUCCACCAACACGGGGGGAGGAUUCACAUUUGGGGCAGUUACCAGUGCGCCUGCGGCCAGUACUGGUGGCUUUGGUUUUGGGACUCCUUUGGGAACAGUUGCUGCGACCCCUGCUUCCACCACUAGCACCACUCAAUCUCUUGGUCUAGGAGGUAGCCUCUUUGGUCAGAAACCUGCUGGAGGGUUCUCUUUAACUACACCUGCCUCAAGUGCUACUGCACCCACUACAGGUCUUACAUUGGGUGCCCCAGCUGCUGCAAGUACCACAACUGGCUUCAGUUUAGCCUUCAACAAGCCCACUGCCUCAGCAACCCCCUUCUCCCUCACCGCUACUACCACCUCCUCAAAUGCGGGAGCAGGUUUAACAUUUGGCUCUGUCCUGACGUCCAUGGCUCCACAGCAGCCUGCAGCCACAGGCUUCACCCUUGGCCUUGGUGGUGCAGCAACCUCCUCUGUGGUCUCAACUGUACCAUCAUUGGGCACAGGUCUUUUCUCAAGCACUGGGUCUACAGGUUUAGGUCAGACCACUCUCGGAGGAGGAGGCGGGCUAAUCUUGGGCUCUCUAUUGGCUACCUCAACGGCUGUAUCAGCUGCUCCUGCCCCAAGUAUUGGCUUGGGAGGAGUCGACUUUAGCACAUCGUCAGAGAAUAAAAGUGACACGUCCUCUGGUGCCAACGCACAGGACAGUAAAGCCUUAAAAGAUGAGAAUCUUCCCCCAGUCAUUUGCCAGGAUGUUGAAAUUUUCCAGAAAUUUGUAAAGGAGCAGAAGCAGGUUCAGGAGGACAUCAGCAGGAUGUCAUCAAAGGCCAUUUCUAAAGUCCAAGAUGAUAUCAAGAGCCUCAAGCAGCUUCUCUCUGUCAGUGCCAGUGGUCUUCAGCGCCAGGCCCUAGCCAUUGACAAACUAAAGUUGGAGACGGCACAGGAGCUGAAAAAUGCAGACAUAGCAUUGCGUACACAAAAAACGCCACCUGGACUUCAGCAUGAAAACACGGCUCCGUCAGAUUAUUUCCGCAGCCUAGUGGAGCAAUUUGAGGUGCAGCUUCAACAGUAUCGGCAGCAAAUAGAAGAGCUGGAAAACCACCUAACUACGCAGAGCAGUGGCUCCCACAUCACCCCUCAAGAUCUGACUUUGGCAAUGCAGAAGUUGUACCAAACAUUUGUUGCUCAAGCUGCCCAGCUUCAGUCUGUCCAUGAGAAUGUCAAGAUUUUGAAGCACCAGUACCUUUCCUACCGCCGAGCCUUCCUGGAAGACUCCACUGAUGUCUUCGAGUCCAAACGAGCGUCUAACAGGAAAUGGCAGAGUGCGCCACGAGUCACAACUGGGCCUGCCCCGUUUUCCAGUGUGCCCAAUGCUGCAGCUGUUGCCAUGGCAGCCACGUUGACCCAGCAACAGCAGCCAACUCCAGGGACCCAGGCACCCUUGGGGGCAGGGUUUGGAAACCCCUUUGCCUCUGCAGUGGGCACUAGUUUGGGCUCUUCUACCCUUGGAGGUUUUGGUGGUGGGCCAGGAUUUGGUGGGGUGGGGACUGGGGGGUCUUCUUUUGGCUUCUCCUCCACCAGUAAGCCCACAGGAGGCAGUCUGAGUGCAGGCUUUGGCAGCAGCAGCACCUCAGGCUUUAAUUUCAGCAACCCAGGCAUCAACCCGUCCGCCGGCCUGACCUUUGGUGUGUCUACCCAACCAACUCCAGGCUUUGCCACAGCAACACCUCUUCUACAAUUAAAGAAGCCCCCCGCUGGUAAUAAAAGGGGGAAGAGAUAGAGACAAGAGAAACCCGAACUCUUGUGACAGAGCAGCUGACUAUUUUGGGGCUUGUAGCAAAAUAGUCCUAGCCUCCCAAAAGCAUAAAACAGAACAGAACAGAGGAAAAGUGGAUUUAAAGUAAAGCAUCAGGAAUGUGAUUGGACCUUUCUCCAAAUAAGCAGUCCAGUAACAGACGAUCCUAUCUAAAAUCACACUGAAGUGUUUGGUUAGCAUGAGGAAAAAGAAAAUCCUUUUGAUCAUCCAUUGGUCCAUAAACGUGAUUCCUACUCUGACAUUUUCUACUUUAUUUCUUAACAAACAAUAAAAUAAAUUACUUUGAUUACUUAAUUGCCUGGAAGUGGAAAUACCCUUAAACUUUAAGUGUGGGCAGUUUUGUUCUUAAUAAGCUGGCACAAAGUCACACAGCACCAUGGAACUUUUUUUUUUUUUGGUCAUUUUGAGCCUGAUUGAGCUUAUUUUCUGUUCACUGUGGUGUAACAGUGCUUUUUGGAUACCAGGCAAGAAGAGAUCUGGGUCAGUUACAAGUUUUUUAGUUGUUGAGGAAUUGGUUUAGCCUGAACAUUAUGUAAGAUGUUUUUUAUUUUGUUUGUUUGUUUUUUUUUGCACCUUGAGAUGGAUUGGUUGAUCUCCUAGUGUUAACACAAACUCUGUCAAUUCAAACGCUUCUCAAAUUAUGACUUGGCCCAAUUCUCUUCUGGAGAGAGGAAAGGUAAAGGGAAAGAGGUUUAUGGGAUCCUAGCUGGUUGGGGACAGCACUGUCCCUGUGUAAAAAUAUUGUAGCGUGUUAUCUGAUCCUAUAUAGUUUUUUAGGUGUCCAGCAGUGUCCAGGGUGGGAUUUUAGGGAGAUACAGUUUUAUUUUUGUAUCAGACAAAUUACAUUUUGGGAAGGGUAUGAGUGAAUUACCAGAUUGGAAUAUUACAUGAUCAAGUCCACAUAACCUUUUGUUUUGUUUUGUUUUUUUAAACAAUCUAUCCUUAUUGUUUAAUUAUUUCUUUUAGCCACAGUUUCUUUUUCCCUGUGUGCUACUGUACAAAAAGAACUUGGGAUAGGAAAAACUGUUCUUUGUAUUCCAUGCUCCCAGUAGAUGGUUUGUUAGUUAAAUUUGAAAGAAUUUCUCAAGUAUUUUUUGCUUAUUCAGUUUAUACAUGUGCUAGAACAAAUUUGCACUAGCCAGCGUAUGCGACCUGUAAAUGAUUGUGUGAAUGUGCACUUAUGCCUGUCGCACAAGUAUGAAUUUGUCUUUCUUGUAUCAUGCUUCAUUUGAAUGUUGGGAGUGGUUGAUUUUUCUUUUUUUUUUUUUUUUUUUUGUCCAUGUCACUUUGGUUACCAAAUACUGCUAGUUGUACUAUUGUUUUCUAAUUACAGUCUGUGGAAACCUGUAUUUUCAAGAUGCUGUUUAAUAAUAAAAUCUUCUGCCAGUUUAUGGCAGCACUUCAA